AUGUCGGACUACCUACCUAACAAGGUACUGAUUGAAAUCCUCUCAAAACUCCCAGUGAUCUCUCUCCUCCAAUUCAGGUGCGUAUGCAAAUCAUGGUGCUCUCUUAUCUCCACCCCCUCUUUCAUCACUUCCCACCUUAAUCACUCCACCACCACCUUCAACUUGAUUCUUCUUCGCCAAUACUCUCACCGCAAAGAGCGCUUCUCACUCCACUUCAACAACCAAACUUUCCCCAUAUUCCUAGACCUCAAAUGCCCAUCUUUGGCUCGCUUCAAAUACUACUUCAGAAUUGUUGGGUCCUGUAAUGGGUUGCUCUGUCUCAUCGACGAUUACUUCGGUUACACCAAUACCAUCAUUCUCUGGAACCCUUCGAUUCACCGCUCUCUCACCCUUCAUGUGCCCCGUGUUACCUCUGAAUCAACUUCCCCUUUUAUGUGUAUUCAUGGGUUUGGCCUUGAUUUGAUUAAAAAUGACUUCAAGGUUGUGAGGAUUUCAUAUUUGGGAUCAGAAAAUGGGUUUAAGGUUCCUCCUCAAGUCGAAAUUUAUGCCGUCGGCGAUCGUUCUUGGAGGGAUUUUGAUGGUGUUGUGCCACGUUUUGGCAUGGUUAAUUACUUUUGGUCACAAGCUUAUUUGAAUGGGAAGGUUCAUUGGGUUUCUUACAAGCUCAUUAACCCGGUUACUCGUGGUUGUUUUCUUCUGUUUUUUGAUUCGGGUAAUGAAGUCUUUGGUGAGAUUGAGUUGCCACUGAGUCUGGUUCAUGAGUUUCCUAGGAACAUGUUGACUACUAUAGUGGGUGAAUCGCUUUCAGUGCUAUAG